AUGAUGGGAACGAGGCUUCUCCCUGUGCUUGUAAUCGCGCGAUGCAUAUUUGCACAGGAUCACAUCGACUAUGCGCAAUACGUGAACCCGUUCAUUGGGACUGAAGGCGCCAUACCUGGCCUUGCAUGCAAGACACCCAAUUCUCCCUUACCCUUCGGUAUGGUCAAAUUGGGGAUUGAUACCUAUGAAGAAAUGGUCAACAUGAGCGUGCUCAAUGGCGGAUACACACCUCAAGGUUAUGUUACUGGCAUUAGUCUAAUGCACCAGUCGGGUACAGGCGGUGGGCCAAAGUAUGGAUUUCCAUCGCAGAUGCCGCUGACGAAUAUUGAUGGAGAUGUCAAUAUACUGGACAACCAGACAUAUUGGCAGAAUCGAGUUGGCGAGGAUGUGGCCCAAGUGGGAUAUUUUCGUACAGAGCUUGAGUCUGGCGUGGGGAUUGAACUCUCAGCUUCGCGACACGCAGGACUAUACCAUUACACAUACCCUUCGUCAUCGGAGAAGCACGUACUAGUAGACCUCUCACACUAUCUUCCCCAUCUGACGCGCACAUGGGAUACUCAAUUCUACACGGGUGGUGAAGUUGAGAUUCAGCCAAACUCCAGCACCUACACUGGAUACACUUCAAUUGCAGGUGGAUGGAAUAUUGGUGCGCCAGUUACCGUGUAUGUGUGCGGCGAGUUUGAUAGUUUGCCUGACGAGGCACGAGCCUUCAAAGGGAAGAAUACAUUUCCCGCCAGUCGGUACUUCCGAUCGUUCAACAAUGGUACGACACCUCGACCUACGUAUACUGGGUCGACAGCCCGUUCAGGACCGAUGAACGACCGCAUCGGAGCAGUCUUCACCUGGAGUAACGCAACUGAGAUCAAGUCGCGAGUAGGUAUCUCCUUCAAGUCGGUGGACAAAGCAUGCGCAUACAAGAACUCUGAGCUCUCUUCAUGGUCGAUCGAAGAUACCGCACAGGCAUCGCGUGACGAGUGGAACCGUGACGUCUUUUCCAAGAUUCGUGUCGAUACUUCGGAGUCGGCGAACAAGACUAGGCUGGCGUUGCUAUACUCUAGUCUGUACUUCAUGCACCUCAUACCAAGUGAGCGUGUUGGCGAGAAUCCGUUAUGGGAAUCGGAUGAGCCAUAUUGGGAUGAUUUCUAUACCAUGUGGGAUCUCUUCAGAAACCAGGUCUCGUUAUGGCAUCUGAUCCAGCCGAGCUACUACGAGUCCAUGAUCCGAUCUCUGAUUGACAUGUUCAAACAAGAGGGUUAUCUUCCAGAUGGCCGAUCCGGCAACUACAACGGUCUGGUGCAGGGAGGAUCGAAUGCGGACAACGUGCUCGCUGACGCUUACGUGAAGGGUCUGACAGGUAUGAUCAAUUGGACGGAGGGGUAUGCCGCAGUCAAGAAAGACGCUGAUGUCCUGCCGUUCUUCGACGAGAACCCUGUCGACAUGCAAGGCUCGCUCAAAGAAGGUCGCGGAGCACUAGAUGAUUGGAUACCACUCGGCUAUGUCUCAGCUGAUCGCAACACGCGAGCAGUCUCGAAGACGGUAGAGUACUCCCUUAACGACUUUGCCGUCAGCCAAAUUGCCGCUGGCGAAGCACCUGGUGAUCGCGAUCUCUACCUUGGCCGGUCAGCGGGAUGGCAACUGAGCUGGGAUCCUGAGUCUUCGAGUCGCAACUUUACAGGAUUCGUCAUGCCGCGAUACGCAAACGGAACUUUUCACAAGACGUACGACAUUACUGAUUGUGGCAGCUGUAAUUGGGAUGACGAAAGCUAUGAAGGCACCGCUUUUGAAUAUUCUUUCGUGAUUCCCCACGAUAUGUCGCGUGUUAUCACGCUGAUGGGCGGUCCUUCGCACUUCGAAGCCCGUCUCGACUAUGUAUUCCAACCGAAUACGUCUGGUGUGGAUCUAGGCGUGAAUGGCCUCGGCAUUACGACAAUCAACAACAUUGCAAACGAACCGGAUUUUCAAACACCCUACCUCUACAACUACCUCAACAAGCAAUGGAAGAGUGUUGAGCGAAGCCGGCAGCUUGCUAAUGACUUCUACUUCAAUGCAACCAAUGGCAUCCCUGGGAACAGCGAUGCAGGCGCCCUGAACUGCUGGCUCAUAUGGCAGAUGCUCGGAUUAUAUCCUGUUGUGACUACUCCUGUCUAUCUUGUGGAAAGCCCAUGGUUCUCCGACAUCAACAUGACAGUCAACCACGACAAGACGCUGCGGAUCAGGGCUGAGGGCCUAGACGAUGGAGAUGGAAGACAAGGAUAUUACGUUCAAGGAAAUCCUCCGCGCAUCGUCUUGGUCAUGGCAAACAUGUCUCGCCCAAACGCCCACGCGCCUAUCCCUUCAUAUGAAGAGGCCGUCGUCGCGCCCCCGCCCACAACGGCACCACGACGCCCAUCUGAGCCCGAAGCUGCCGAAGAGCUCCCUGCCGACGCGGUGCCACCACCCAUGGUCAUACCAGCGACGCCUCCGCCAGAACUGCCGCCUGCCUACGCUGUCGUGGACGAGAAAGCCACCACUUUUACCAUCUACGGCACCUUCAUCCAUACCCCGAACGCGCCCGCCUACCAGAUAUCCUCGCUCCUCGACGCACGCAUCAACAAGCUUCGCAUACGAAGGUUGCGUGCCGAGGAAGUCACGUUUCUACAAUCCGGCGCGCCGACGGUCGCCUUUGACAACAGCAGCGUCCUUUACGAGGCACACGACCCGCCCUUCGUCAUCAACGAGUACUACAUUCAAGGCAGAGCAGGCAGUACGCUACCCGGCGCUUUGCAGCUUCGAUUCGGGUUGCGCCGAUGGCACGUCGUACAUAUGCCCACGCAGGGCAGUCGACCGAUUGAGAUUAUGACUUGUGGGAAACCAGGCGGCUUCACAAAGGCGCUUAAACAGAGGAAGAACGAGCUGGAACCUAGCCAAUGGAAAGACAGCGAGGGCAAUGUCAUCGCCACCGAAGUGCUAAAGAUGGGCCCAGGAGGCAAGAUGCCAACAAUUGAGCUUAGAGACGAUCUGGAUCAGACAUGUAGGGAGCUGGUUUUGGCGCUUUGGGUCAGUCGGCUCUGGGCCGCUUUUGGAGCAGGGAGCGGAUACGUCCGUUGA